CCAUAUCCACCACACCACCUCACCUCCUCUGCUUCUUCUUCCCCACACACCAAGCAUGCACAUCAAUGUCCCUUCCUCUCACCAAACCACACACACAAUCUCUCUCUCUCUCUCUCUCCCACUGCCCGACCUGAUCCAUAGCCCAUGGCCUCCACGGCGAACGCCUUCAGGCUCACCGUCUCUCCGAAGCCCGCCGCCAACGCCUCCGCCGACGCGUUCGUCCGGCCGGAGACGCUUUCGUUCUGCUCCUCCGCGGGCGGCGUUCGGUUGAGGCGGAGCGGCGGCGCGUGCUCCGUGAGCGCGAGCUCGGGCGCGGGCGCGGGCGCCGUGAGGUUCAGAGUCCGCGCGGGCGCGGCUCAGGUCAUGGACAAGUCCGCGAGCGAGGCCAGCUCCAAGGCUCCCACCAUCGUCGAGGUCGACCUGGGCAACCGGAGCUACCCGAUUUACAUCGGGUCCGGACUCCUGGACCAGCCCGAGCUCUUGCAGAGGCAUGUUCAUGGAAAAAGGGUUCUUGUGGUGACUAACGAAACCGUGGCGCCAAUUUACUUGGAUAAAGUUGUUGACGCUUUAACCAAGGGAAACCCGAAUGUUUCUGUCGAUCAUGUGAUCUUACCAGAUGGUGAGAAGUACAAGGACAUGGACACCCUGAUGAAAGUUUUUGACAAGGCAAUUGAGUCGCGAUUGGACCGCCGAUGCACAUUUAUCGCCCUUGGUGGUGGUGUGAUCGGCGACUUGUGUGGGUAUGCUGCCGCUUCGUUCCUCCGUGGUGUUAACUUCAUUCAGAUUCCCACGACGGUUAUGGCUCAGGUGGAUUCUUCUGUUGGGGGGAAGACUGGCAUCAAUCACCGCCUCGGGAAAAAUUUGAUUGGUGCGUUCUACCAACCACAGUGUGUGCUUAUAGACACUGACACUCUGACCACCUUGCCAGAUAGGGAAUUAGCAUCAGGCCUUGCUGAGGUUAUUAAGUAUGGGCUUAUAAGGGACGCUGAAUUUUUCGAGUGGCAGGAAAAGAAUAUGCAUGCCUUAAUGGCCAGGGAUCCAUUGGCACUAGCAUAUGCUAUAAAGCGUUCCUGUGAAAAUAAGGCUGAGGUUGUGUCCUUAGACGAAAAGGAAAGUGGAUUGAGGGCAACAUUGAACUUGGGACACACGUUUGGCCAUGCUAUUGAGACUGGUUUCGGGUACGGUCAAUGGCUGCAUGGAGAAGCAGUUGCGGCAGGCAUUGUUAUGGCCGUUGAUAUGUCCUACCGGCUCGGUUGGAUCGAUGAAUCGAUUGUGACCCGAGUUGACAAGAUUCUAAAGCAGGCCAAAUUGCCGAUUCUCCCUCCUGAAACCAUGACUGUGGAGAUGUUUAAGUCUGUCAUGGCGGUCGACAAGAAGGUAGCCGACGGGCUGCUAAGACUCAUCCUUCUAAAAGGGCCUCUUGGUAACUGCGUCUUCACAGGUGAUUACGAUAGGAAGGCCCUCGAUGAGACGCUCCGUGCAUUCGCCAAGUCUUGAGAAACAGAUGCAGGGGAGCUUUCGUUCAGAGAUAUGUGCAAUUCUUUUGUCAGCAGAUGUAUGUGUAGCUUAUGUGGUGUGGUAAAGCCAGUGUUGCAAUUGUUGACACCUUCAAUCUGUCAACCUAGAUCCAAUUGGUGAUAUCUUGUUUAUCGUGAAGGUUUUACUUCAGACAGACGGGGGAUCGUCAACAAAAAAAAACAAAAGGAAUAAAGAUAUUGAUG